CUGCGCUCUUUUUUUCUCUUGCUUUAGCUUUGCUAGCCAGGAAGGAGAUGCUUUCUUAUUCAUAUCAUUUCCCUCAACCUAUGUACUGGAUGGCUGUAAGUAACCUAAAGGAUUAAUAUAUCAGAUAUCUAACAGAAGACUUGAGUGCCAAAGGUUUGUUUUUUUUUAAAGGCGAAUACAGAAGAAAAAAAAAUAUCUUCCUUCCUUGCACGUUUCCUUGUCUGGCUUUCAUUUCUUUUCCUGAUUAACAAGACAGAAAAAAAACAUUCCUGGGCCCUCCUCUUCUGUCUCUCUCUCACUGUUUGCAGGAGGGAGAGAUGGCUGCAGACGGAGCUCGGUCUAGGUUUGGGAAUUUGGGCCACCGAGGAGGGGGAAGCAACAGCAGCAGCCCAUCUUCCAGUCCCAAACUGGGUGGUAGGAAGAGCAGAACACCGCCACCCACAAACAGCUCCUCGUCUUCACCUGGAACUAAACAUCAUCAGCUGAGACAAGCCCCAUCGUCCCCGGCACACAGCUUCAAGAAAGUGACCCUCACCAAGCCCACCUUCUGCCACCACUGCACGGAUUUCAUCUGGGGACUGGCCGGCUUCCAAUGUGAAGUGUGCAAUUUUAUGUCACAUGAGAAGUGUUUGAAGCAUGUGAAGACUCUCUGUGCUUGUAUGGCCCCAAGCCUUGUAAGGGUUCCUGUGUCUCAUUGCUUUCGAACACCUGGACAUUAUAAAAAGAAAUUCUGCAGCGUGUGUAGAAAACAGUUAGAAGACAGCAUUGCUUUACGAUGUGAAGUUUGUGAACUCCAUGUACACACAGAUUGUGCCCUGUUUGCAUGCAGUGAUUGUCGGCAGUGUCACCAUGAUGGACAGCAAGAUCACGAUACUUACCAUCAUCACUGGCGAGAAGGAAUUUUUUCUUCAAGUGCCCGAUGUGAGGUGUGCAAGAAAACCUGUGGUUCUUCUGAAGUUUUGUCCGGCAUGAGAUGUGAAUGGUGUGGCAUACAGGCACAUGCUGUAUGCUAUAGUAUCCUGACACAUGAAUGUACCUUUGGAAGGCUCAGAAAUAUGGUGCUCCCGCCUCACUGUGUGCGCCUGCAGGCACGGAACUUCAGCAAGAUGCACUGCUUCAGGAUAUCAGAGAGCAUCCAGACCGAGCAAGAUGAAGAUUAUGAUACUGAUGGAGUAACACAAGGAACAGUAAAAGAGGCACCAACAUCAGCUGAAUCCAUUUCAGGCAAACAAAGUUUAAAGAUUUACGAUGGUCACGAUGCUGUAAAGCGCAACCAGCCCAGAAUGAUCUCAGUCCCUAGAAUUACAAAGAGUGAAGAAGUUGUGGAGGCUGCCCUCCGAGCAUAUUACAUUCCUGAUGACCCCCAGGACUACGAGCUUCAGACACUUACUCAGCAGACAUUGCUCUGUGAUGACAUUAUUAACAGAAACGGAGCAACAGAAGACAGCAAAGUUACUUCUGUGUUCAAAGAAAGCAUCCCUGAAGCAUGGAUCAUAAUGGCAAAACCAAAGGAGCAAGAAGUUAUCAAAUGUUUUCUUGGCUGGAUGAAAGUUGGCGUAGCCUAUAUAUCCAUACCAGUAAAUAAAGGAAGCACUGUGCAGAAUGUAAUACAGGAGAUUCUGCUGCAGCUUGGGCGGCAGAAGGAAAAGGUAGAGAAUUUCAGGCUGGUAGAAGUUCUUAUGGGAAGCAAACAAGUGCAAAGAAUGAUUCUGCAAGCUGAAGAAUUGAUACUUGACAAACGUAAAGACAUACGAAAGACUUCAAUACGUCAGAUGAACCAAACACGAUUUUAUAUUGAAGAAAACACAAAGCCUGAUAUAAAAAUACAAAUUUUGAUUGGCGGACUGACACCCCUGCUCUCUGCUGCAGAAUACACUAAUAUCUUAAAAGACAACUUAGACAUAAAAGAUAACAUGGUGUCUGUUAUUCCAACGUACUCCCCGCAAGGUGCAGUUGUUCUGGAAAUCUCUUGUUUUUCUGAAGCAGAAAGAAUAUUUAUGCUCGUUAAAGACACGACAAUCAACAAUAAGCAGCUUACAGGUGUUCUUAUCCCUCACAUUACACAUGAUAAACUACCACAUAGUACGUGUCCUCUUCUUGUGUUUGUGAACCCAAAGAGCGGAGGCCUUAAAGGCCGGGAUCUUCUCUACAGCUUCCGCAAACUUCUUAACCCACACCAAGUAUUUGAACUGACCAACGGAGGUCCUCUUCCUGGAUUUCAUGCAUUUUCUCAAGUUCCAUAUUUCCGAGUCCUGGUUUGCGGUGGUGAUGGUACAGUUGGUUGGGUGCUUGGUGUACUUGAAGAGAUACGGCACAAACUGGUGUGUACAGAACCGUCCAUCGCGGUCCUUCCUCUGGGAACAGGGAAUGAUUUGGGAAGGGUGCUGCGCUGGGGAGCUGGUUAUACUGGAGAAGAUCCGUACGCCAUUCUUAUAUCUGUGGAUGAGGCAGAAAAUGUGCUCAUGGACCGAUGGACUAUACUUCUAGAUGCUCAAGAGGUUAUGGACUCAAUGGAAAAUGGCAUUUCCGAACCUGAACCACCUAAGAUUGUUCAGAUGAAUAACUACUGUGGUAUUGGAAUUGAUGCAGAACUGAGCUUAGAUUUCCAUCAAGCAAGGGAGAUCGAACCUGGAAAAUUUAACAGCAGGUUCCACAAUAAAGGUGUCUAUGUCAGAGCAGGGCUGCAGAAGUUAAGUCACAACAGGAAUUUACAUAAAGAUUUGAAGCUUCAGGUGGACCAGCAGGAAGUGGAGCUACCAAAUAUAGAAGGUCUUAUUUUCCUCAACAUUCCCAGUUGGGGUUCAGGAGCUGAUCUAUGGGGCUCUGAUAAUGAUAAUCGAUAUGGCAAACCGAGAAUUGAUGACGGGCUGCUUGAAGUUGUUGGUGUAACUGGUGUUGUCCACAUGGGCCAGGUACAAGGAGGACUGCGUUCAGGCAUACGCAUAGCCCAAGGCUCAUACUUCCGUGUAACUCUCUUAAAGCCUAUUCCUGUGCAAGUUGAUGGUGAGCCAUGGAUUCAGCCACCAGGACAGAUCAUAAUUUCUGCUGCAGGACCAAAGGUUCACAUGCUGAAGAAAUCUAAACAAAAGCAAAAGAAAACAUCCGGAAGCUCAAAAGAAACAAAAACAGAAUCUGUUACAUCUAAUGACAAUGGAAGCUAAGAAUGCAGGAUCUGCAAUAAAAACUGAAUAUCAGAACCUCACAGUGAAACACUGCAAGUACUGACCACAAACAAAGAACUGAUACCGACCUGCUGUGUCUAGAAAAGGACUCGUAUAAAUGAGAAGAAGAAAAAAUCCUUCCACAAUAUAACUGUAUUUUAUUUCUCUGUAUUAUGCAGUGCUUGGCUCAGUUUGUUCCUGCAGAAUCCACUUAAUUUAUUUUUUUCUUUCAAUGUUGUUUUGUUAAUAUAUAUUCUUAUCUGGGCAAUAACCCUGUAUUUCUCAAUGCAGUCCCUUUGUUUAAAGGUUCUGAGUAUAGUGCAUGAGAUCAAGUGAUUCUUUUUCAUGUAAAACAAUAGCUUCUAUAUGCUCGAAUGUAAUAAAUACGGCUUCCAAAAUGAAUGACAGAACAACGGUAGCAAACAUGAAGCAAAAUGUGAGAAAUGGGGGGUGGUAUUGCGUCAACGUGAACUGCUAAAUGGCUCUCUGGUAACGUUGAGUGGAAUGGUGUAUAUCACAUAUUUUACAUACAUGUAGAACUGAUUCAUAUACAAAAUGUUUCUGCCAUCUAAUUGAUCAUAAUGUAAUAGUUUAUUUAUUGAAUGCUAAAUGUAUUUUUUAGCUGUCUUAGACUGUGUACCAAUCCACAGUUCAUAGAAAUACGUUUUUUAAACGUAGCAACACAAGUUGAUUUGUAAGCAAUGAUCAACAGCAAAUUAAUAUUUUUCGUUAAUUGUAAAUAUAUUGGAGGAGACAUUUUCACUAACAAUUGUGCCAAGGAUCACAUGAAAUAACUAUUUUUGUUUGUUUUUUAAAUCUUGCUGAUGUUACAUGAGUAUAUGUAAUGCAUAUUGAAUAGAAUCAAACUUGUUUAUUGUUUUAAAUAGACAAAUUUUAAAGUUUAGCGUUUAACAGGUAGCCCCUGACCAGAUGUUUUGGUGUAUGAGUAUGUUAGGUCCAGAACAUUUAACCCCUUCAGGACGGGGCAAGAGUUGAAGAUCGGAACAAAGUUUCAAUGAAAACUCUUGCUCUAAAAAGGAAAUCAUGUGAUCUUUGAUGUGAUCACAUGACUUCAAUGCUGGGAUUGACUCAUGGGGAACUGCCUAUGAUGCUAGGCACGUCCCACAGUCAGAUUUUUUUAUUUGCUAAAGCAGGAGGGAGAAGGACGCCUUAAAACUAAGGCCGUUCCAUCCUGUUUUAAAGGCGUUUUAAGCCAGCGCUUUUAAGGAUAGCAUGGAACAUCCUUAUGGUGUCUAGGGGUUGAGACACUCAGGCAUUAUUGCUGUCUUGUAUAUUAUGCCUAAAUGUGCAUUUUUAUCGGGCAGCUUAGGUUGCAGGUUUUGUGGUUAUUUGUAGAUGUAUAAUUUCAUAUUGUAUUUAAAAAUCUAGUUAAUUUUACAAAUUACAUCUGGGGUGUUCUACGGGGAUAUUACAAAUGAAACAUUUUACGUCUGUGUAGAAAAACAAUCUUUCAAGUACACUUAUUUGGUGCAAACAUGACAUUCAAGUUCAUAUUGCAACAAUAUAUAUAUAUAUAUAUAUAUAUAUAUAUCCAUUUGUUCAAAAUGCAUAAUGUUCUAGCUCAGUGUGAGUUUUUAAUUGAAAGUUUUAUUUUUGAUGUGGUAACUGUCAUAGUUAAAUUGAAUUAUUUGGCAUGAAUUUAAAAAAGUACAGGUAUAUGUAUAUAAAUAUGGCAUAUUCUAAAAGUGCAUGUUAAGAACCGUGAAAGGAUAAAAAAUGGCUAAACAUUCUGCUGCUAAAUAAAAAUAAUACUUAAAUAUGUAAAACAUAAUAUUAAGAAAACAUAUGUUUGCUAUCCUCUUUCAUUAUUCUUUAAUAAUUUAGUCUAUGCUUUUCAAUAUUGUGUCUACUGAAAAUGAUUUAAAAGAAUCCGUGUAAAACAAAGUAAGCAAAUGAAGAGACAGAAACAUUAAAGAGUAAAAUAUUGUAUAUCAUGUCUAGAGUACAAUAUUUGUUAUAAACAUUGUGUUUUAAAGGACAGUGAUGCCAUUACUGGAUUUAGCUAUAGGUCAUCACAGCUGUGUAAAGAUCUCACAUCUUCAUAUCCACAUCUUGAGGUUUAUUUUUUAUUGUUUAAAAAGAUAGAUAAUCUCUUUAUUACCCAUUUCCCAGUUUUGCAUAAUUAACACAGUUAUAUGAAUAUACGUUUUACCUCUGAUUACCUUGUAUCUAAGCUUCUGCAGACUACCUCCUUAUUUCAGUUUUCUUUACAAACUUGCAUUUUAGCCAAUCUGUGCUGACUCAUAAGUAACUACAAGGGAGUGAGCACAAUGUUAUCUAUAUGGCACACAUGGACUAUCGCUGUCUAGCUGUAAAUAACUGUCGCAAUGCACUGAGAUAAGAGGCAGCCUUCAAGGGCUUAGAAAUUUAGCAUUUGAGCUUACCUAGGUUUAGUUUUCAACAAAGAAUACCAAGAGAACAAAGCAAAUUUGAUUAUAAAAGUAAACUGGAAAGUUGUUUAAAAUUGCAUGCCCUAUCUGAAUCAUGAAUGUUUAAUAUUGACUAGACUGUCCCUUUAAGUACAAGCAAAAGCAUCUGCAGAAUCAUUUUUUUCAGUGAAGAUAGUGGCUCAAUCUUUUUAAACUAUAUAUUUGGAGAUGGACAAUAUAUAUAUAUAUAUAUAUCUAUAUCUUUUGGAAUUAUUGAAGCAAUUGGAUUUAACCACUUUAAUAUCAUACAUAUAACAUCAUCAUUAAGUGAUAGAGACUGAGUUAUAGAUACUUUUUUUUUUUUUUUUUUAAGUUUGAAUGUGCAAUAAAAUUGGUAGUAAAAUAGGUCAUAAAAAAUAGAACAUAUACUUUUUAUUUUUGUAAACACAUUCUUAAAGAGAGGAUUUCUAUAUCUAAUCACCAAAUAUUUAGGCAAUAUAUAUGGGACAUUUGAUUUCUCUGUCUAAUUAUCAUUCACUACCAAGAUAAAUGUGUGUGUGUGUAUACAUAUAUAUAAUGGAACAAAAUAAGCUAGGGAAAACUGAUGUAAUACUCUUGAAGCAUGUUUUCUGUGAAUGCAACUUAUAGAUUUAAUUAGAUUUUUAUAAAGUAUAUAUAUGUAAUUUUUUAUAUUUAUUGUAAAACAGUCUAUAAAUAAAAGUAGUUUGCUAUAUAAAAGGUAAGUAUACAAUUUUAUAAUUUAAAUUCUAGAGAUAAAAUGUCUUGAUUUUUCUGAAUUAAAAGUUAUUCAUUUUUUACAUGCAAAAUUAUUUUUUAUCACAAAAAUAUUAAACAAGGCUAUUCACAUCUUUGCAUCAAUUAUUUUAAGAAAUGUUGUAUAGCGGAAUGUGGAAAACUACUUUGCCAUUUUUUUCCCCCCAAUUAUUUUUUUUUUUUACUUAAGUCUGCAUACUUCAUAAAAUAGUCAGAUACAUUUCUGAUUUUACUAUUGUAAUGUAUAAAGGAAAAUUACUGAUCAUUUAUAGAUAUCAGUUGUUUUCAGUGGGGAAAAAAAAUUACUAGAACCAAAUGUUUUUUGUGCACAUUUUUAGAUAAAUGUAUUCAAAAGUAAUUUUACAAUUAAAAAUGUGUGACCAUAUUUGUAACACAAAUUCAGAAAGGAUACCAGAAUGGGUCCCUUUGUUAGACUUAAUAUUUUCUACAUUAUUUAUUUUUUAAUUGCAUUUCACCUUUAAAUAUUUGCUUAGUUUGGGAUUUUUGCGGGAGGGCCAUCCUGUCUCUAUUAUUUUGAAAAAAAGAUGAUUUAUCCUCUAAAGUGAAUAUCUGUUGUUGCUCUUUAAUAAUUUAUCAUGGUUUACUACAGCCCAUCUAGAAGUAGUAAUAGGUGUUGCUUUUUUGUGAAUAUUGAAAAUGAAUGUGGUAAUUUUAAUGUCAGUUUUAUGGCUGAUUUCCAAACAAACUGAAUAUAAUACAGUAAAAAGCAUUCAGCUUCUAAUAUGAACUACUUAAGCAUUGUCCAUGGUGCCAAGGUUUUGUUAAUAAAUGUGUAAAAAAAAUAUUAUGUCAGUUCAAUUUAGAUUUAAUAUUUUAUGCCUCAAAAUGAAUAUCAAAGUUUUAUGUUUACUUGUGGUUUAAUCUUGAAGAUGGGGUUUUAUUGGUGUAUCUGAUAAUCUACCUGGCAAUUUUGUUUUCUGAAAUGUACAUUUUUAUAUUAAAAAUAGUUGUGUUAUAGUUAUUGGAAAAAAAUAUGUAUAUAUUUUGCAACAUAUCUGUGUGUGUUCCUUGUUUAAUUUGCACUGAUUUGGAUUCUGUAUUUGAGUGUAAAUGUUGUGAUAUUUUAGCACUAAGUUUUUGUGACAAAUACAGUAAUUUCAUGUUAA